AUGAUAGAAGAUAGUAUUAGAAUAUUUACAGUUGGAGAAAAAGAGAGUCUAUGGUUAAAUAAUCAACCAAUUGACUCAUUAGAAUCAGGGGAAAUCAAAUCAUUCCUACAAAAGCAUAACCAAACAACAACACAAUUAUCAACACAAUUUUAUUUAAACACAAAUCAAGCAUUAAUAAUAGUAAAAGAAUUUUUAAAAAAACAAUUAAAAGAUAGAAUUUUAAAAUCAACAACUACAACAACAACAACAACAUCUACAACAUCAACCACCACGACUAAUAAUAAUAAUAAUAAUAAUAAUAUUAAAAUAACAGAACCAUGUAUAUGCUUACUUUGUAAAAAAGGUAAACCAAGUUAUUUUAAAUCAAUUGAUGGAUUACCAGAAUCAUAUCAUACAUUAUCAGAGUAUAUAGCAGUUGCAAUAUUAUCAUUAACUGGUAUGGUAAAAGAUUUAAUAUCAAAAGAAACCUAUAAUUCAAUGAAUUCUCAAGAAAAGGAGAGAUUAAAUUAUGUUAAAAAUAAAUCAAUUUAUCAUUUCUUAUCGACACAUAGUGGUUUAUUAAAAAUUGAUGAUGGUUUAUUCAAUAAUUCAAAGAAUACUGCAAGAUCAGAUAUUAGACAAUACAUUACAAAUUGUUUAUUCAAUUUAUCUACUCACUUUAAAACUGGUAAAGAUUUAUUCAAUGGUAAUGGUUUUUGGGCUUUAAUAGAUUCAAAUUUUAAUCCUUGGUUAGCACCAUUCGAUUCAACUUCUCCAUUAAAUAAAAUUAAAAAGAAUAAUAAUAAUAACAAUAACAAUAAUAAUAAUAGCAAUUUACCAGAUGAUGUAAGUAAAAGUAAAAUCAAUUCUUCAAAUGAUAAUAAUAGUGAUAAUGAUAAUUAUAAUAAUAAUAAUAAUAAUAAUAAUAAUAAUAAUAAUAAUAAUAAUAAUAAUAAUAAUAAUAAUAAUAAUAAUGAUGAUGAAAGUGAAGAAGAUGAAGGAAAUGUAAAUAUUAAAAAACAACCACAACAACCUAUAACAAGACAAAGAAGAGAGAUAAUAUCACCAAGAUCUCAUUCAACGAUAUCUUCUGCUUCAUCUUCUCCUUCAUCUGUAUCACCAUCACCAUAUCAACCAUCAACUCCAAAAAAAGAUGAAUCUUCUAAAUUCUGUGGUGCAAUUUGUUUAAAUGGUCGUCGUUGUGAACAUGUUGGUCGUUGUCAUCACCAUUUUCAAGUUGGUGAUAGAAAUAAAAAACAAUAUAUUCCUGUUUCUGUGCAACAAGUUAAUACUACUUCUUCCAAUAAUAAUGCCAAUAAUUCCACAACUUCAAUACCCACUACACCACAAUCAACAUUAAAAACAAGAGUAACUUUAAAAAGAAGUUUAGAUAUCUCAAAUGAAAAUAAUAACAAUAAUAAUAAUAAUAAUAAUAUUAACAAUAAUAAUAAUAAUCAAAAACAAAAACACAGUAGAAAUGAAAUUGAUGAUAUUGAAAAAGAUGAAAAAUUAAGUGUUAACGAUUGGGAAAGGAAAAUUUUAUUUAAAUUCAAUUUUUAUCCAAUAAUUAAUAGAAUGAAUGAACUUAAUAGAAAUUAUGGUAUCUCCAAAGAGUAUGCUCGUUUCAUCGCAUUGAAAAUAGUUUAUGAUGGUGAUAAUUCUUUAAACUUGGUGCCAUGUGAAACUGUUGAAUCAUUUUGGAAAAUGUUUGUUCUUGAUACUGCAAACUAUAGAAAUUUCUUUGAGACUAUGGGAAUUGAUUUCAUCGAUUAUGAUCCAAACGAAGAUGAUUAUAAUUUCAAUUCAAAUAAAAAAAAGCGUUAUCAAAAUACUCUUUCAUUAUAUAAAAAACAUUUUAGUUUUGAUAGUGAUAUGUGGGAUAAUUAA